GCGAUGGCGGCGGAGCGGGGCAUGGAGCUGGUGCGGGAGCUGCACCGCGCCGCCGGCGGGCACCUCCCGCCCUUCCGGACGGAGGAGCUGCGGCAGGCGCUGGAGGAGAUGCGGGCGCUGUACGAGCGGAACCAGGCGGAUGUGUCCGAAGCGAAGGCGGGACGGACGGACCUGAUUUUCCUCAUCCGGUUCCGGCACUGCUGCCUGCUCCGGAACCAGCGCUGCCUCCUGGCAUACCUGUAUGACCGGCUGCUACGGAUCCGAGCACUGAGGUGGGAGUAUGGCAGCGUUCUGCCCAACACCAUCCAGUUCCACAUGUCAGCUGAGGAAGUGGAGUGGUUCAAUCGGUACAAAAAGUCUCUGGCUACAUACAUGAGGUCAGUAGGAGGAGAGGAGGGGCUGGACCUCACACAGGACAUCAAACCUCCUAAAAGCCUGUACAUUGAAGUGAGGUGUUUAAGAGACCAUGGGGAGUUCGAGAUUGAUGAUGGCACUACCAUCCUGUUGAAGAAGAACAGCCAGCACUUUUUACCCCGCUGGAAAUGUGAGCAGCUGAUCAGACAAGGAAUCCUGGAGCACGUUCUGUCCUGAGUGUGCAGGACAGGAGGGACAGCUCUUGGUGACCUGCCCACGAUGGGGACUGAGCUCUGGUGCGUGCAGGACUUCAGAGACCUCAGUAUUUACACCACCCAUCCCCUCCUCUGCAGUGGCACCCUGCCACUCCUCCUAACAGCCUUUGAUGCCUUAAAACCACAGCUCUUCAUGAGCAAAGGGUGCAUGCUGGUAAUACAGCAAUCCUGGGAAUCCAGGAUAGUGGGGGGACAUAAUCCAAGCCCCACAGCUACACCCAGGGUUUGUGAAUGCAUUUUUGUUUGGAGUAGUUCUUUGUUCACACUGUGCAUGUAAGACACCAGCUGGCUGGGCUCUAGAAGCCAGGAAAACUCCUUGGUUGCAAAAUAAAGAAUUUCUUCAGUC